UAACAAUUUCAAGAUUCGAAUCAUUUGAUUCGAUAAAUUAAUUUAAAAGUACCAUUCAAAUAGAUGAUGAUUCAUGUGUGGUAUAUUUUUAUAAGGAUAAAGCAAUAGCAUCAGAUUAUUAUUAUUUGCAUCUAAUAAGUAGAUUUUGCUCACGUAACUACACAAACACACUAUUUGCAUCAUUGUCUACAUUGAAUUUGUUUAUAAAAUUAAUUAAAUUGACCUAAAGAAUUUCCCACCUGAUCACGAAUCAUAGUCGAAUAAUUAUUUGAUAUUUUAUUUGAUAUUCAAAAAAAAAGAAAAAAAAAUCAAUCAGGUAUGACCUAUGCAUUUUUUUCACAACAAAUUGAUAUCGAACAAACAAAAAGAGAAUCAUAGGAAUCAUGCAUUGUAUUGUAUAAUGUGUAUUAUGUGUGUCCAACGGAUAUAUGUCGGAAAAAAACCGAAUCGUUUUUUAUAUACAAAUUUUUCUGGUGAUUGACGACGAACAAACAAACGAUAUAUCAUCAUCAUCAUCAUCAACAUUUCUAUGUCUUUAGAAUUGUGUGUAUGCGUGUUUUGGGAUAUUUUUUUUUUGUCAACAUUUAUUUUGUAUAUUUGUCGGUGUGUGUGUGUGUUUGAGAAGAAAGACGAGCAACUCCAAAUCAUCAUUUUGGAUAUUAAAUAGUGAAAUAAUAGACAAUCCUAAAUUAUAGUACAGUGCAUAUAGAUGAUUUAAAAUUGUUUUCUGGAUCGAUUGAUUCGAAUUUAUUUGAUCUUCAUUCUGGCAUUUACAGAUUGUGCAUUUAAUUUAAUUUUUGAACUUCAACAACAAAUUAAUCAAUGUCUAAUUGAAACACAUUCAAAUUUGUGAUCUAUGUGAAAAUGACCGAAGAAAAUACAUCCGUUACCGUUUCUUCAUCAACGAAACCGAUUGAAAAAAAUACUAAUAAACAAGAUGAUGAUGUUGAUCUUAUACCAAUGGCCAAAAAAUUUGGCAAAUUAUUUGGCUGCAUGUUAUUUGGCUAUCUUAUUGGCUAUACAAAUAUGAGUACAUGGUGGCUAUCUGUGACGGCAUUCAUGUGGAUCGUACGUGAUAAGAAUCGCCUUUUACAACAACGACGGCUACAAUUUGAACGUGCGGUCGCUGCUGAUGAAAAAAAUAUUGUAAAAUAUUCUGUACAAGAUUUACCUGGCUGGGUCCUGUUUCCGGACACGGAACGAGCCGAAUGGAUAAAUCGAAUAUUCAAACAAAUGUGGCCUUUUCUUGGUGAAUAUGUGAAAAAUUUGCUGAAAAAUAAAGUCGAACAAAACAUUGAUGAUGUUAUGCCUGAUUAUUGUAAAGGAUUUCGUUUUGAAAAAAUUGAUCUUGGUACUGUGCCAUUGAGACUUGGCAGUGUUAAAUGUUAUGAUGAAAAUACAUCUCGUGAUGAAAUCAUCCUUGAUCUUGAACUAAUAUAUGCAGGAAAUUGUGAUAUUCAAGUACGAAUAAAAGGCCUUAAUGCUGGUAUUAAAGAUUUUCAGCUCUACGGUAUUGUUCGUGUGGAAAUGAAACCAUUGAUAAAAGAUAUGCCAUUGAUUGGCAGUGUAUCGAUUUAUUUCCUCAAAAAUCCGGUCAUAGAAUUCAAUUUCACCAAUGUUGCCGAUGUACUUGAUUUUCCUGGCCUUAGUGAAUUUCUUCGUAAUUCUAUAAAAGAACAGAUUGGUAAAAUGAUGGUUCUUCCAAAUAAAUUCGUCUGUCCAUUGGUCAGUGAUCUUAAAGGUCAAUUGAUUAGAUUUACACAGCCACUGGGUGUUGUACGAUUUGAAGUUAUAGAAGCAAGACAUUUGAAAAAAGCUGAUGUUGGAAUGCUUGGCCUUGGUAAAAGUGAUCCAUAUGUGAACAUUAUUAUCGGCAAUCAAGAAUAUAAAACGGCAACCAUUUAUAAUACAAUCAAUCCAAAAUGGAGUUUCAUCUGUGAAACAUUAGCAUUUUUUUCUACACAAAGUAUCGAUCUAGAAGUAAUGGAUGAAGAUCAAGGAAGUAAAGAUGAUUUUCUUGGCCGUGUUUCAUUUCCAAUCGAAACAAUAAUGCAAGAUGGUAUGAUUGAUGCUUGGGUCAAUCUAAAGGAUACGAAAACCGGUAGAAUCCAUGUUCGAGCAACAUGGUUUCGAUUGGAACAUUCGAUGGAAAAUCUUCACAAUCAAUUGAAAGAAUGUCGUUUGCUUAAAACGGAAUACGGUGAUAAUGUACAACAACAUCCUUGUGGUUCAAUUGCAUGUCUUUUGAUAUAUUUGGAUAGUUUGAAAAAUUUACCAUCAUUAGCAAAAUCGAUUGGUGAACCAAGUCCACAGGUUACAUUUCGAUUGAAUAAACAAAUUGAAAAAAGUAUUGUGAAAACAUUCACUGCCAAUCCAGUAUGGGAAGAAAAUUUCAAUUUUCUUGUCGAUCAAUUUGAUCCGGAAAAUGAAUUAUAUAUUGAAAUAACCGAUACGAAAAGUAAUAGAAAACUUGGUGAUACAAGCAUCAAAAUGGAAACAUUAACAAAAUUAAAAAAUAUGACAUACGAUGAACCGUUGAUUAUUCGAACUCAUAAUUAUAGUUUUGAAUUACAUGGUAUAUUUUCACUUUGGUUUCUGGCAUCACCGACAACCAAACAGGCAAAAAUGGUUUGUGAUGAACUACCACCACCACCACCACCAACAACAACAACAACGCAAAAUGAAGAACCUACCAAUACUAUUCCAGCAAUGGAAGAUUUGGUGAAAGGAACAGUUGAACCUAUUGCAAAGAUUAGUGGCCUAAAUUAUGAUGUUAUGGAUAUUGGCCAACGACAGCUACAAAAACAUUAUAAUCAACAACAUGGGGCUGAAGAUUUAAAAAAUCUAGAAUUUGCAGAUAUAAUCAAACCGUUGAUUCAACAACAAGAACAGCAACAACAAACAAAAAACAACAACAACAAUUAUUCAUCAAACCACGAAGAUUCAACAAGUUUGACAUUUUCAACAACAUCAAGUACAUUGAGCUCAUUACAUUCAAAUGCACCGAUGCUCAAAAUAACAAUUAAUAAAUUAGAUCAAAAAGAUCAUCAUGAUGAACCGAAAUGGGAGAUUAUUGCCCAUAAAGCUAGGUAUCUACCGAAAAAAGAUGAAAGACCACCAGAUUCAUAUGUGAAAAUUUAUACACAACCUGAUCGAUUUAAAUCAAAACAAGAUAAACGAAAUAAAUCCGUAACGAUAAAAAAUACCUGUAAUCCAGUUUAUGAAGAAAGAUUUCUAUUGGAUCUUGAUAUUGAACUCGAAUCAAUCAAAUUGGUUGUAUUGAGCCGAUCGGAAAGUUUGUUCAAAAAAAAUAAAUCAAUCAUUGGUCACGUUGAAAUGUAUUUUAGUGAUUAUUUGGAUGCUAAACUUCCCAUUACUAAAUGGUUUGAUCUUGAAAUGGAACAGCAACAUUCAUCGGAUGAAUAA